GUGUAGAGCAAGGCGUGUUGUAGAGGUCUUAUUGUUUUUUAUUUUGACAUAUUUGUAAUAUCCCAAAUUCAUUCGUGUUUGUUGUCUUUGUUCAAUACACUUUACUUGAACUUACCAGUUAGCUUUUUAUUUUGAUGAUUUUGAUAAUGUGCACGAUUUUAAUCUUGUAAAAUAGGUAGGCCUAAGCUAUCCUUACUGUUUACUUUAUUGUUGCCAUAAUCGUGAUGAGUAUGGAAUAUCUUCGCUUAGCCUAACCCAAGAUUAUUAAUUAUCACAUGUGAUUAAUGGUGGUGCUGUUUCAGCUGUGAGCCAUAAUAAUUAGAAUUAGUAUGUCAGUUCCUUUUACUCCUGGGUCAGCUUCUCAACCCACGACUGAAGUAGAACUCACCUUAUCUUGCAGGCAAUUGACUGGCAAGGAUGUUCUUUCUAAAUCUGACCCAAUGUGUGUUACUUACAUUAGACCAUUUGGAGAAAACAGAUGGGUAGAAUAUCACAGGACUGAAGUAAUAUCUAACUCUCAUGAUCCAGACUUUGCUGCCAAAAUUCAUCUGGCAUAUCGAUUUGAAGAACAACAACCUUUAAGAUUUGAAAUCUAUGAUGUAGAUUCAUCAAGUCCUAAUCUGGAAGAGCAUGACUUCCUUGGUGCUGUCUCUUGUAAUCUCGGUCAAAUUAUUGGUAGUGGCAAGGUGAAACUUCCUCUUACACAGAAGGGCGGUCAGCGCGGAGUAAAUCUCGGCUUUCUGUUUGUGACUGCUGAAGAGUUGGCCGCCCUGAAGGAUGAAGUCAUCUUGAAGUUCAGUGGUCACAAAUUGGAUAAAAAAGAUUGGUUUGGCAAGUCAGAUCCAUUUCUAGAGAUCUACAAAUCCAUGGAAUCAGGAGAAUUCAGCUUAGUUCACAAAACAGAGGUUGUAAAAUAUAAUUUAAAUCCGCACUGGAAACCUUUUAACAUCCCUGUCCGCACACUGUGUAAUGGGGAUUAUGAUCGAAGCCUUAAAUUUAUGUGCUGGGAUUGGAACAAUAGUGGACGUCACAGUUUGAUUGGGGAAUUCUACACAACGCUCAAGACACUAGCCGAGGGACCUAGCUCCAGUAAUAGAUUUAGCCUGAUCCAUCCCGAAAAACAGGUCCGCAAAAGGGAAAAGUACUCUCAUUCUGGGGAAGUUGUUUUGGAGAUAUUUGAACUGAAGCCUAUCUACUCUUUCAUGGACUACAUCAAGGGUGGGACACAAUUGCACUGCUCAAUCGCAAUCGACUUUACGGGAUCCAAUGGAGAUCCUACAAAACCAGAAUCGUUGCACUUCAUCGGCCCGAUGCCAAAUUGCUAUGAGCAGGCAAUCACCGCUGUAGGCUCCAUCAUACAGGACUACGACAGUGACAAGAUGUUUCCUGUUUUGGGUUUUGGAGCUCGACUUCCACCUGACGGCAGAGUGUCCCAUGAGUUCUUUGUAAACAUGGACCCCAAUAGUCCUUACUGCACUGGUGUUCAAGGAGUACUGGAGGCGUAUCGGGCGUGUAUUAGGCAGGUACAACUGCAUGGUCCAACCAACUUCGCCCCAGUUGUCAACCAUGUGGCCAGGUUUGCUGCCAGCUACCGUGAUGGAUCUAGCUACUUCAUUCUGCUCAUCCUGACUGACGGAGUCAUCACAGACAUGCCUCAGACUGUCCAGGCAGUAGUUGCCGCGUCAGUGCUGCCAAUGUCCAUCAUCAUCGUGGGAGUCGGCAAUGCAGACUUCACUGCCAUGGAGACCCUGGACGCUGACACAGUCGCUCUGAGCCACGGCGGAGUCAAGGCUGCUCGUGACAUUGUACAGUUUGUACCAUUCAACAAGUUUGUCACAAUGGGUGAUCCGCACACUGCUAGGCUGCGACUGGCACGUGAGGUGCUAGCUGAGAUUCCCACUCAGUUUAUCGGUUACAUGAAAGCUAACAACAUCACUCCCAAGCCUCCCCUCGCUAACAUCACCUUGCUCCCACCUGAUCCCGAACUGUUAGAUUCUCAGACAUAAUCUCAUAUUGUCUCGUCUGCUGUUGUUUGUUGACUUUUUGAAUUUUAUACUUUGUUAUUUUGUAAUUCAAUGUGUUGCGCUAUUGUUGUGAUAACAAUUUGAGUGGCCUAUUAGCGCUUUGUUUGUUGGGUUCCGAAAAUCCACUGUGGACAAUUUAUAGGACGUCCUAAAUAUGUAUAAGUAGUAGAUAUUUUAUCUACUUUUUCACACAUCUUUAUAUUUCUAUGGAUUUUGGUCAUUCCAUUUUAACCUACUUGUCUAAUUUUUGCUAUCAUAACCUACACCAUUAUAGAGAUUACAAAAAAAAAUAAAAAAAAAAAAAUAGCAGUAUCAAUUGAGAUUUCCACACUUUCAUUUAAUUGACACCUGCUGAAUUCCAGGGAAAAUUGUAUUUGAGUUGACUCAUUAUUUUAAGCCACACCACUGAAGUGAAGUAGUCAGAUUAAGAGAAAAAUUACCCAUGUAAGACCCAAAAUUGUGUUUACUUCAUCUGAAAUGAGAAAAGGGUUUUAACAGUGCACUUCCUUUUGAGUCAGCAAUUAAAAUAGUUCAACAUACUAAGAAUUGAGUCUGCAUUAAUUUUUUGCCAACAUGGUAAAAGUGAGGCCUGCGUGAAUGAAAUCGAAGCAAAUAACAAAUAACUCAAUAGAAUAGCUAAGACUUUUGUGAACUGCUUGCUGUUUUACAUACUAAAAUUUAUGUAAUUGAUAUCAUAUUUUAUUUUCAUGCCAAUAAUAAUUAAUUGUUUUUGUUCCUGACAAAAAAUAUAUAAAAUAUUGAAUAUAAUAAAGUAAUGUUACUUUUCUUAAAAAUUAUAUCAUAGUUCAGCUUGCAGACCUAGAUAAUAUAAUAAUUAGGUUGGUUAAGAGUUCCUUAAAAUAAAAAUAAAAAAACAAGUUAGGUCUAUGAAUUAAUUGUAAACUUCUUAAUAUUAUCACUACAUAAUGUAACUUAACACAUUAGCUACCAAUUAUACUCAUACCUCAGUCACAGAGGAGUGUGACGGUUGGUAGGGAACGUGUUAAUGUACCAGUUAAAAUGUUUGUGUUGUUGAUGGGUUCAUUAAGAUUAUAUUCUCUAUUCAUUGUUUUUUUAUUUUUGAUCAGCGAUUUGAUUAACUUAUCAUCACUAGCCACAAGUGUUGUAGAAGUUAUUCCUUGCCAUAAAUGUUGAACUAUUUGUACCUUUCACAUGUAAUAGCAUGAUGUUGUAUCAGAAUCUAUACUUGUGUGUACAGUCUGUAGUAUGGAAUGCAGUUGUAAAGAAAAUACUUUGCAUAGGCUUAAUCCAAAACAAAAUAAGUAUUCAGAUCAAAUCUCAAAUUUCUCAUCUUUGAAGCAAAUAGGCUACUCAUUUUAUUGGAUGUUUGCUUAAGUGUUUUUGUAUGGUUAAACACAUGGAACUAUCUAUUGUAUCUAACUACUUGUCCUUUCACUGUGUACUCAGUAUCUGUGUACCAUUUCUGACAAUCUCCCUCGUAUGUUGCAUAUUCUCUAUACUCUUUCUUAAUAUAAAUAUUACUGUACAGUUCAUGAUGAAUGUUUCAUGUAUGGAGUUUUAAGAUAUUUCUUUACAUUACCUAACCCAUGAUUUAUGUAGUUAAUAAAUAAUUUCUGCUAUUUUAAUCUCUUUUAGUGUUACAUAAAGUUCUUGUGGUGCUAAUUUGCUAUAUCACUAUUUUUGUUAAAACUCAACUUUCAAUAAAUCAUGCGAGAUAAAAAAAUCCCUUAAAACCGUUAACCAGGUAUUUAUUAUAAGUUUUUACUAAGAAUUGUAAAUCAGCCAUAUUUACUAUUAAUUUAGCCAGUUUAGUUUUAUUAAAUAAUCGUUUUGUCAAGAACGUAAUCUAGCCAUAUCUCAGGUUUUGAAAUAAUAUGCCUUAAAACAAUGCUGUGUUUAUCUGCACAAAUAGACAAGGUAUCUGAUAGUGUAAGCUAAGUACUCGUAACUGUGGUUGCAUCAUAAGGACACCGUUAAUUUGACAGAUGGUAUACAUCGUCGAUAGGAGACAAACUCAAAAUCGGUAAAUUGUACACCUAAGCACAGUAAAAGUACAAAAGUAGGUUUUAGUUGUUUUUUUUAAUGUAGGGAACUAGAUUUAAAAAAAUAACUAAUCAAACGACUUGUGUAUAAUCGACUAGGUAGGAAAUUACUUCUUGUAUAGAAACAGCAAUGCAGAAUCUUUAUCUGUCAUCGAAGAAAUUAUUCAUAACGACAGUAGAAAGUGAUUCAUUACAUAUUUGAGACCAUAUGUUCAAAUAUGUACGUAAUGACUCACUUUCACUCAUGUUUUGAAUGUUACUUAUCGCUGCACUAUAAAGACUAAUUAUUUUUUAAAUAUAAAAUUUAUAUUGGAAUAUUUCUUUAUUACAGUUAGGAACAUUUAAAAACUAACAGCAUUUUUUAGGUUAUGCAUUCUAUUUAAAGUUCAACUUACUUUGAUUGUACAGUUUUGGAUGUUGCAAAUUGAAACAGUUGAUGUAACAAUAAUAAAUGUUUGUUUUUUUAUGUCGGAGGAACCCAAUAAAAGAUACUUUUGCAUAGUAAACAUUCUUUUUACGCAGUAAACAAUGUAAUGAUGGAUUUUUGCAGGUGAUAAACAAAUAACGAAAACAGGUGAUUUAAAAGUAGUGUAGCAAAUAAUUAGUUUGUAUAUUUGUAACAAUUGAUUUUGUUUGUCAUGAUGGUAAUCAUUGCUAAUAUUUUCAGUUCAUGAAUAGUCUUUGAAAAUGAUGAUACGUGUUAAGUUUAUGUUUAGUUGAUUUGUUUGGUAAUCUAAAGCUCUUAAAUGUUAUCAUAAAAAUGUCUGUGAUGUGUAGUUUAUAACCACAUAAUUUUAACCCAUCAUUCAUAUUAAGUUAUACCUACCAUCUACCAUCUAGAUUCAAUUCAUUAUACAACAUUAUACAUCUAAUAGAAUUAUGGCUCAACUGUUAAAUAUUUACAAUUAAUUAGUUGGUCUAUCUAGCUCAUACCUUUUAUAAAAUUAAGAUUGAGUACAUUUAACUAGUGGGAAUUUUUUCAAUAAAUAUAAAAUACCCCCACCGCAGCAAACCUGCAGAGAUAAUUUGUUUUUAUUAUCUCUGUAACCGUUAGGCAUACAACAACGCUAUACACAAAAUAAUUUCUUUUCUUAAGCUCUACAAAAUUGUUUGGAAAGAAAUUGUAAAAUGUUGUGUUUUAGGGUAAAAAAAUGGGAAACAACAAUUUUUACCCCAUAAAACCCCGUUGCCAUAGUCUGAUAAUGCUGGUUCGCAAACUUGUUCAAAUAACUUGUUAAAUAGGUUUAAACGUUUGUACUAAAUUUUAUUAAAAUAUAAUUAUAGGAUAUUUUUUUUAUGUAUAAAAUAAAAUCAUUUUUUUGCUCGAGUUAUCGCGCUAACGGACACAUAUAUAUAU